AGAGUCAUGAGUGCUCAAGAGGCAGCUAAUCUUGGGAAAGAGCAGGUAGAUGCAGGAAGUGCAGCCACAGAUGGUCCCUCGCCUACCUCAGCCACCACCAACACUAACCCAAAACCUGUCACAGUUAAGAAAGAGCCUGGGACACUUGGGACCAGCAAUGGGAAGGUUGGGGAUGCUAACCCUGCUGAGAUCUGUGUGGUCAUUGGAGGAAAUGAUGGAAGAGGAAGUGCAGGUGGAGCUCGUGGAUCUCAGACCCAGGGUAUGUUUGCCCUUGGUACUCCUCCCCCAACGAAGAGCACAGACUCAUGCAUAGGAUCCUAUGUCUGUGGGGUAUGUGGGAAGAAGUAUAAAUACUACAACUGCUUUCAGACUCAUGUCAGAGCACAUAGAGAAUCAGAUAGCAUGGUUGGAGAUGGUGCACCCCAGCCCCCCAAUAGUAGCUUCCGUUACUCCUGUGAGAUAUGUGGCAAGAAGUAUAAGUACUACAGCUGUUUCCAGGAGCACCGUGACUUGCAUGCAGUUGAUGAUCCAUAUGAACAGGUUGUGUUACCUGCUGAUGACCUUAAAGAGGAAGAGCCAGUUGAACCCUAUCAGAAAAUCGGCCCAAAAACUGGAAGCUAUGUGUGUGAGUUUUGUGGGAAGCAGUACAAGUAUUUCAACCCAUAUCAGGAACAUGUGGCUCUUCACACACCGAUGGGUCGCUCUUUCGAUAUGAAAUCACCUCGUGUACAGCAGAGAGGGAACAUGGAUAUCAGUAAAUACAGUCACAGCCAGUCGGGUAAGGAGAAAAAAAGUCUCUUCAGUCGGAAGAUGGAGAGUGCAAUGCAGUCUAGCCUGGUUGACACAAACAGUUCACAGAAUUCAAGUGGAACACCAAGCCCUCUGGUGGCGAGCUCCUUCUCUACAUCACAGAAGCCCUACACUUGUGGCGCCUGUGGCAUCCAGUUCCAGUUCUACAAUAACCUGCUGGAACAUAUGCAGUCCCACGCUGCGGACAAUGAGAACCACACCAAAGGGGAGUCUCCAAAGACUUCCCCAGCCUCAGGCUCUCAAGAGCAGCUGUGGAGAGGCCCCCAGGCCCAGGCCCUCCCUUCAGUGCCGCUCCAAGUCCAGCCUCAUAGUCAACCCCAGAGAAACCACUCCCUCAGCCAAAAUAAUGGGCUUCCUGAGAAGGAGCGUCAGCAGGUGGCUGAGCGUCUUUUGCGGGUAAUGUGCUCAGACCUGAGCAUGCUCAAUGUGCUCAACAGCAAGGACUUCCUAAAGUUGGCACAGACCCUGGUAGACACAGGGGCUCGUCAUGGUGCCUAUUCCACCCGUGAUGCCCUUGGGAACAUGAGUGCCUUAGCACUGCGCCAGCUGUCUCGCAUGUACAACCAGGUUAAGGUCAAAGUCACGUGUGCCCUGGGCUCCAAUGCUUCUCUUGGCAUUGCUAUUACUUGCCAUUCCCAGACGUCAGGGCCAGAUGCCUGUUAUGUUUUGACGGCCUACCAGGUUGAAGGCUCAAGACUGAAACGUUAUGUGCUAGGUGUUAGGGAAGCUGAGCUAAGAGAAGGGCCUGAGCAGGUGCACCAUUGGGUUCAGAAUGUGCUCUCAGAGUUUGUGAUGUCAGACAUCCGCACAGUCUAUGUGUCAGAGCCCAGGGUUUGGGCUGCUGGACUUGGCGGCUCACCACUGGGAGGUGGGGGGCGAGGGAGGGUGUGCCUGCGGUGUGCUGGGUGCUCACUUGGUGCAGUGGUCCAAGCUGUCCUCGGAAAGCGCAGCCUCCAGGCACGGGGCCUCCAUGAGCUGGCUGAACUUCUCUCAACAUGCAGGGAUAUCGCCUCGUCCACUAGUCUGGCCCUGCGUGAGGAACCAUCUAACAACACAUCCACAAACAUAACAGAUGAGGGCACACAGGGCAGCCCUGCCCAAUGCCCAACACCUCCUUGCUGGGAUCGCACGGCUGAAGCCCUUCUGCAGGUCCAUGCUCAUUUUGAACAGAUCUGUGAGGCCUAUGGACGAAGUAAAGCCACAGCUCCACUCCUUCAAGGUCUAAACAAACACCUUCUUGGGACACUCGCCUGCCUCCUGGCACCUUUACGCUUGGCAGCACUCGAGCUAAGUAGCCAGAGAAGGCCCACCUUACAGCAGGUUCUGCCAGUUUAUCUGCGCUUGGAGAAGCUUUUCACAUCUAAAGCUGGGGAGGCUGGAACUGGCACAGCUAGCAAGCUUUGCCACUAUUUUCUGGAGGCACUCAAGGAAAACUUUAAGGUGGAGCGAGCUCACCAAGUGGCCAUGGUCCUGGAUCCACAACUAAAGCUGCGCUCUGUGCCAGCCUAUCAGCACGACGACAUCAUUUCCCGUGCUUGCGAAAUGGCUACCGAGACUCGAGACGGAGGUUUGAGUGCUAGUGGGGGAUCGGGAGGCGAGGAGCGAGAUGUUGAUGGACCUUCAACACCUAAAAGGAGCCGCAUCGAUGGUGGUGGAAAUGGUGGAGGAAACUCUCGAGGGAACAUUUCCUCUUGUGCAAUAUCUGGUAGUGAUGAGAGUCAGAGCCAAGUCAGACAGGAGAUUUUUCAGUACCUGGCUGAGCCUCUUCUCCAGGGUACACCUGAUCUCUUCCAAUAUUGGAGCUCAACAGUGGGUGAGAAGUUCCCUAGGCUGGCUCGCCUGGCAUUGUGGCUGCUAGCAGUGCCAGCUGUAGGUGUACGCAAUGAAUGCGUGACAGUGUGCGAGCAGAGUUUGGCCAUGAAAAGGAGGCAGCAGGUCACUGCUGAGGAGAUGAACAAACUUAUCUUCCUUCGCUCCAACAUGGGUUAG